AUGGAUAUGGAGAAAUUCCCGCCCGAUUAUAAGGUUGAAUUCAAAAGCGAGCGCGCAAGAUGGCCGCCUCUUACGAGGAUGCUCAUGUCGGGCGAAAUGAAUGGUUAUGAGCCCAAGGCGUUGACUGCAAAACAAAAGUUUGAUCGCUGGAUGAUCAACGAAGGAUGGCGGAGAUUUACCGUGUUUUUAUUCGUACUUGUUCAAAUACUCGUGUAUAUUUUCGGAUUCCUGAAUUAUGCUUUCAAGGACAAUUUGAACGAUGCCCGAGCAACUUACACAUGGACAUACAUGGUGGCCAGAGCUGCAGCAUUGACGCUACAUUUUGAUAUCAGUUUGAUUCUAUUUCCUGUCUGUCGAACAUUAAUCUCCCUUCUGAGACAGACGCCUCUUAAUGGCAUUAUCCAAUUUGACAAAAAUAUUACUUUCCACAAGUUGGUCGCUUGGGCAAUCGUCUUCUUCUCCUGGGUCCACACAAUCGCCCACUUGAACAACGUCGCCCAACUAUCCGCAAAGAAUGGGCAGGGCUUCACUGGCUUUCUUCGCGCUGGUUUCCUAACAGGCCCAACCUGGACAGGAUGGAUCAUGCUCAUCGCCCUCAUGCUCAUGGUCAGCACAUCCGUCGAGAAACCGCGACGCGCAAAUUUUGAGCGGUUCUGGUAUACGCAUCACCUGUUUGUCGUGUUUUUCAUCUUUUGGUCAAUGCAUGGUAUUUGGUGUAUGAUCCCGGCGGAUUUUGCGCCGUUUUGUUCGGGUAACGGUGUGUUCUAUCAGUAUUGGAUUUAUGGGGCGGUGAUUUAUUUGGCGGAGAGAGUGGCGAGGGAGAUUCGCGGGCGACAUGCGACGGUUAUUUCGAAGGUGAUUCAGCAUCCGAGUAAUGUCGUUGAGAUUCAGAUCAAAAAAGAAAAGACCAUCACCAAGGCUGGCCAGUACAUCUUCCUCUGCUGCCCAGAAGUAUCUCUCUGGCAAUACCACCCAUUCACUCUCACCAGUGCCCCCGAAGAAGACUACAUCUCCGUCCACGUCCGCUGCGUCGGCAACUUCACCAAAGCCCUCGCCAAAACCCUGGGCUGCGACUUUGAGUCUGGCAAAAACAAAGGCAAAGACGGUAAAAAAGACGUCUCCGCCAUUGUCGGAAUCGAUCGAAUUGGUACUGGCGACAAGGAUCUUGAUCCCACGAUCCGCCGCAUCUUACCGCGUCUCUACAUUGACGGUCCCUUCGGUAGUGCAUCUGAAGAUGUAUUCAAGUAUGAAGUUGCCAUGUUGGUCGGAGCCGGUAUCGGUGUUACGCCCUUUGCGUCGAUUCUGAAGAGUAUCUGGUAUCGAAUGAGCCACGGAAAGCAACAGACGCGGCUUCGCAAAGUGUACUUUUUCUGGGUUUGUCGCGAUUUCGGAUCGUUUGAAUGGUUCAAGUCAUUGCUUUCUGCCAUUGAGGCGCAGGAUUUGGAAAGUCGGAUUGAGAUUCACACGUAUCUAACCGCCAAAAUCAAACCCGACGACGCAACAAACAUCAUGAUCAACGACGCCAACGCUCCGCAUGACACAAUCACAGGCUUGAGAGCACCCACAAACUUUGGCCGACCAAACUGGGACAUGAUCUUUCGCUCAGUUCGCAAGAUCCAUUCACCAGCUGAGGCAGGUGUCUUUUUCUGUGGGCCCAAGGGUCUGGGAAGUCAAUUACAUAUCAAAUGUAAUCAGCACUCAGAGCCGGACUUUGAGUUUGUUUGGGGAAAGGAGAACUUUUAG